AUGUCGCAGCUUGCGCUCCAGGGCGAUGGCCAGUCAAGGGACCGCAGAAGUGAGAGCCCGUCGGUGGCCACCUCCCACCUCUGCUCAAGCCCAACCCAAGCCCAGCAGACUCAACACCAGAUCCAGGACAGUCCGACCAUAGGCAGGGCCGCUGUGAGCUUUCUCGACAUCUCUGACGAUAACGACAGCGUAACCACAAUCCUCACGCCGCCGCCGCCGCCAUUGACUAUUACCAUCACGGGCGCAAAGUGA